CAAGUGGCAGAAGGAAGUGAAGACUCCUCCAGCAGCGCUUCCUCUCUCCCUCUCUCUGUGGCCUCCCUUGCUCCGGGGGCACUUUCUUCCCCAUCUGGUGCUGCUCCCCUGCACCUCCCCUUUCUCCCCACCCCACCGUUCGCUCCCACCCCUGAGGGGUGUCCAUUUCUCUUGGCUUCUGCCCCCGGAGAAGCUGCCACCCUGAAGUUUCUGGUGGUGCUGCUGGCCGCAGGGAUGCUAGCGUUCCUUGGUGCAAUUAUUUGCAUCAUUGCGAGCGUCUACCCUGCGGCCGGCAAAAGCGGAGCUCUCCACGGUGCUGACAAUGGCUCCAACGCCGCCGCCGCGGCUUUGCUCCCCGCCGCCCCCGCCUCGGACAAAACCCUGGGAACUCUCCAUGGUGCUGGAGAGAGCGCCUACGGCGGGGGCUUCUCGGCCGGCACACAGGACUCUUUGCUAGACCUGCUGGCUAGCGCUCGGCCUCAGCAGCACCAGCAGCUCUUCAGCCGCUUCCUCUGCACCCCGCUGACCGUCGAGUGCCCGUCGGAAGGGAGCCCCCAGGGAGACAGCCCCGGGGGAGCAGCUGCGGCAGCCAGCGAGGAGCUCUUCUUCCUCCAGAGCACGGCGGAGCAGCUGAGGCAGACGGCACAGCAGCAGAAAGAGCAGAUCCGCACCGACCAAGAGACCAUCCGGGAGCUGACCACCAAGCUCAGCCAGUGUGAGAAUGGGCUGGAACUGAGCUUCCAAGACAGUCCUUCUGUCUGGGGUGUCCCCAGGCAGGACACCAUGGGCGAUCUGCCCUGGGACUCGCCAACCAUGAUCCAAGAGCUUGAAGAAGCAGUCAGGAUGCUGAAAGACAGGAUCGACAAGAUGGAGCAAGAUAUCCCAGCCCGAAUGAAUGCUUCUUCUACUUCUGCCCCCAUGCCAGCCCAAGAGACAAUCCAUACCAAGAUGGAAGAACUGGAAGAGCAACUUCUCUCCAAGAUCUUGGCUCUGGAGAAAGAACGCUCAUCCAUCGCCAGCAACCAUGAGUUGCAGCAGCAGCAUGAGGUAGAAAAGGAACUGGAUGCCCUCCAACACCGGGUGGCUGAUCUUGAGCAUGAAACAACAUCCUUCAACUCUCCUGACGCCUUCAAAAUCUCAAUUCCUGUCCGAAACAACUAUAUGUAUGCCAGAAUAAAGAAGAGUUUGCCUGAAUUAUAUGCCUUCACCAUCUGCAUGUGGCUAAAAUCCAAAGGUCCAGGAGGGGUAGGAACCCCAUUCUCCUACUCGGUACCUGGACAAUCCAAUGAGCUUGUAUUGUUGGUGUGGGGACACAAUCCAAUGGAACUGCUAAUUAAUGACAAGGUGGCUUUGCUGCCCAUGACUUUAAAGGAUGGGACCUGGCACCACAUCUGUGUGAACUGGAUCACACGGGAUGGAAUAUGGGCAGCAUAUCAAGAUGGCGAACAGCGUGGAGCCAGUGAAAACCUGGCAUCUUGGCAUCCAGUCAAACCUCAUGGGGUACUGAUCUUAGGCCAGGAACAGGACACAUUGGGAGGAAGAUUUGAUGCCACUCAGGCCUUCGUUGGUGAAAUUUCUCAGUUCAACUUGUGGGAUCGUGUCCUGACACCAGCAGAGAUUGCAGGCCUGGCCAACUGCACCCACCAUCUGCAAGGCAACAUCAUCCAAUGGGAUGAAAAACUGGUUGAGGCCCACGGAGGUGCAGCCAAGCAAAGUUUUGAGAUCUGUGAGGAGAAGAUGAAGGCAUGAGAGGUUGUGCCAAAGGAAUGGUGUAUAAAAGCUACUUCCUUCUGCCUGUUUAAGGGGAUCCUUAAUUGUUUAUGGCAGGAAGGGGAUCGUUUCUCCUCCUCUGCAGACACAAUCUGAGAGUUUGAAGUGGCAGAGGAGAACUGUGUGUACGAGUGUUUGCAUGUGUGCUUGAGCAAAGGAGUACUGUACUUCUGAACUUAAAAGAAAUUGUGACAUUGUGUUUUUCAUUGUCUCAGUAAAACUGUUUCUGAUUCAUACCAUGAGUGGCAAAGCCCUUCACCAUGAAGGCUUGGGCAAUUAGACAGUUCCAGCCCACUGUAUAUCCAAACAACAACGUGUGAUAACAAUCAGGAAUUAAUGUGGUGAAAGGGGACUUUUUAAUGGAACUGGCAUCACCAACAUUUCUCUUAGUUCACAUUCUGCUGAUACUUUCAGUGACAUGAUGUGGACACUGAGUGGAUAGAAUUUGUCCAAGUUUUAAAAUCCCCAGAUUGAUAAAAUUUGCUCACAAGAAGCCAUUGAUCAUUUAGGAAUACAUAAGCCAAUAUUCCUCUAGUCACUGCAUGCAUCCUCCGGGAACUGUACCACUGAUUUAUCUGCCUUCUAAUCUCUGUUCCAUAAUAGCCUUCACUCAUAAAAUCUUGUAAAAUAAUCUCUUGCCUAUAGGCAGCAAUGCCAACUGAUUAUUUAAUUCCACAAAGGCCUAAAUUCUAGCUGCGGAGAAUCUUCUUUUCAUAAGGAUCCAUCUUUCCAUUUUAGAUGUAAUUUCACCUAUGGACUAUUUGAAUUGCCAUGUGAUUCCAUUGCUCUGUUUAUUUCAACAGGGAGUAAGAGUCCCGAUUUCUUCAUAGCUUUUUAAAUAAUUGCUUAUUUUAUAUGGAAUGACAGAGUUUAGAAGUGUAUAAAUGGCAGUCACAGAAUUUUACUUGUUUGACUUUUUUCUGCCAUAGUUUUUCUUCCCACCCCUGUCCUCUUGCUAAAGGGGAGAUCCAAACAUGCAUGGUCCUUCAUCUGACCAUCCCAUUUUUUUCAUAACAUAAUAAUAGGGCAACUCACAGUUAAAUGUGUGAACUGUUUCCAUUCAAAAGCACCAUAUCUGAAAUGAUGGGAUGCAGCAAUGAUAUGCAACCAUGUGAUGUCCACUCCUAUCUGUAUCUACUAAACGAAAGUCUCUUAGGUUCCUCUCCCAGAUAAGUAUGUAUACACUACAUACUGUGUGGGAUUGCAGCUUCCCAUUGGUUUGAUUAUCAUUCUCUCUACAUUUGUCUUGUGAGAGAGGGCAGGAUCACAUUGAAAAUCACAAUCAAACUGCAGUCCCUGGAAUUCUUCGUGUGGAAACCAUGAAUGAUGAACUGGCAGAAGACAGAGACAAUGCUAACAAUGCAGAUAUAUCUUAUAAAAACCGAAGGAAUGAAGCUGCCUGCUGUUCCUACAGCUUGCCACAAGGCAGGUCACCUCACACUGAUUCACUCCAAUUAAAUUAUAAAGAUGCAGCCUUCUGGUGAAGAAAGGGUAGAUUUUACAGCAUGGAUCCAUUUGAAGCAAAUACUCUUGACUGUUAUGAGGCCUAGAGUUACAAAUGUAACAUGGGUUUGGCAAGACUCGCAAUGUAUACAAUUAAAAGUUCAGGGUAGGGCCUCAGAAUAGACCCUCAGGGUAUGAAACCUGUAGUCCUCCAGAUGUUCUUGUAUUCCAACACCUACCAGACCCAACUAACAUGGCCAAUGGUCACAGAUGCUUGGGACUGUUAUCCAGCAACACCUGGAGGGCCACAGGCUCCUAUCCACCCCACAGCAGAGCAAAUCAAGGGACAGAGUCACAGUAAAGACAAGUUGUUUUUAUUGGGCCAAGAAGCAAAAAGCAGCAUGAAAGCAAUCUAUUCAUGUACAGCUUAAAACAAAAGACAGAAAAGGCGACAAAAAUAAGGGUCUUGUACUCCCCUGCAAUAAAUAACUAGAAAACUUUACUCAUUCACACACACACACAAACACAUACGUACAUGCCAAAGCUUCCUAAACCCUGACUAAGCUAAGGUUCUUCUCCUCGCCCACCUCCUACAAACUGCCAGUCCUAAAUCUAGGCUCUCAUGGAAAAUAGCUAAUAUUAAAUCCCAUUUGUGCUGAAGUAUUUCUUUCAUCUUCUCUCAUCAGAGGAUUUCUUUGCUAUGUCUGUGGUAACUUUUCACACAUUAUAGGAACUAUGUGAUGUGAAUGCACACUCAUGGCAGUUCACAUGUACAUGUCAUAUAAGGGCCAGCCCUUAAUAGGUUUGUUCUGAAGGAAGGUGAUGCCACAUUCACACAGUAAUUUAGCUAUGUACCUGUACUUGUUCCAGUCCCCACUGUUUUUUAUUCUCAUAGUGCCACUUCUGAGGUGGAAUUAAUAACACUUCAGGAACAGCAGCUGGUGAAAAUGUCUUCAGUACCCCAGUAGAAAAGAUGGAGGGUGCUGGUGAACCUGUUCAGUGAAGUUUGUAUGCCUUUUGAGUGCCUGAUAUCACAAUGGUUUUGCAACCUGUGAAUCUACUGAUAACUACACAUAUGUGAGUUAUUUUUUUCCUUUGGGGAAUCUUGUGAUUUGCUUGUGUCGUGUUUUGCUUCUUUAUUAGCCAUAAAUUUCCUACUUGCCAUGACUGGUGAUACAAAAUGGUGGAUAUUCUCUCUCUCUCUCUCUCUCUCUCUCUCUCUCUCUCUCUCUCUCUCUCUCUCUGUAUCUCAGUUUCUUUCUGAACAAAUGGGGGAGGGAAGGUGGAGCAAACGAAGUUGUUUCAGAUCAACUCAAUUUCAAAUCCUUUAUUACGAUCAAUAGAUCAGAUAAGAGAUCAAUAUUAAUGACAAAAUUGGGUAUCUCCUUUUAAGGAUUGGUUUCUAUCUGGGAUGGAGAAUGUGUUACUGUCCAGAUGUUGUUAGACUGCAGCUUCUCCCAAAAGUAGCUAGAAUAACUAAUGGUGAGGGAUUAUGGGAGCUAUAAUCUAGCAACAUCUGAAUGGUCAAACCAUCUUUAUUCCUGCUUCAUAUGUUGCACUUUUAACGGGAAAAGAUCUGACAUCAAGCAGUGUAUAUCUGCUACACAUGAGUUAGAGCUAAGCCAGAACUUGGAAGGGGUUUUGUUUUCUUUGUUUGUUUGGGUUUUGGCCAGAGGCCAUAUUACCUGUGGAAUUCUGGGAGCAGCAGCCUUUAAAAGCCAUUUUCUCAACCUCUUGAUGUAUUCCAGCAUUUAUACAUAACAAUUGUCUAAAUGGUACAUGUGGUGACAUAAAAGUAUGCUAUUACAAACCCAUUUUAAUGUGAGUCCAUGAACAGUGUAACAUGAAAAAAUGUUCCCACAUGUCUUGAACCCAAAUGAGGUUUAAAACAUUUUAGAGGGAGAAAAAUAAACAGGAGUGGAUAAGAGGAUGGAAGUAAACAUUUUCACAUUCUACAACACUGUGAUCUUAAUGCACCAUGCCUGAGGGUAAACACAUACUCUCUCUCAGUCACUUUCACACUCUCCUUUUCUCUCCCAUUCCUUCUUUUGUACAGCUGUUAAAUCAGAUUUGAUGUGUUCACACAUGUAUAUGUCACAUGUACCUCUUUUUUUUGUAUAUUUGACGGUUGACAAUAAACUUGGUGUUUAUAUUUGA